GUGUGUUACACCAUCCCAAAUAAUAUCCUAGAUCAUUCCUACACCAUUACCAGAUUUUAACAUCUCUCUCUCUCUCUCCCUCUCUCGAACAUUUGAAGCAGGAAGUAUGCAAGGCUCAUGGGACGAACAACUCCCAGAUUGUUGCUAUGAACAUAAGCAGCCAAGCUUGAUCAAACCCUGCAGCCCCACCCCAAAUCACCUGCUUUAUCUCUCCAAUCUUGAUGAUCAAAAGUUCCUUAGAUUCUCAAUCAAAUAUCUUUACCUUUUUGAAAAGUCUGUGCCCAUCAAUCUGCUUAAACAAUCUCUCUCUAGGGUUCUUAUUGAUUACUACCCACUAGCAGGGAGACUGAAAAACCUGCAACCACGACAUGAACAUGAUGAUAAUAGGCUUCAGGUUGACUGUAAUGGUGAAGGUGCUGUUUUUGCAGAAGCAUUCAUGGAUAUGAGUGCUCAAGAGUUUCUUCAGGUUUCCAAGAAACCAAGCAAGUCAUGGAGGAAGCUGCUUUUUAAGGUUGAUGCUCCUACUUUUGUAGAUACUCCUCCCCUUGUUGUUCAAGUGACGAAACUUCGUUGUGGAGGAAUGAUUAUAUGCACGGCUAUCAACCAUUAUCUAUGUGAUGGCAUUGGUACAUCUCAGUUCCUACAUGCAUGGGCCCAUCUUACUAGGAAUCCCACUAAUAGUGUACCAAUAACACCUUUCCAUUCACGCCACGUGUUUAACCCAAUGUCUCCCUCUUCACAUCUACCAUUUGUUCAUCCAGCAUUUACCAAAAAUGCCAACAAACAGACCCUCAAAGACCAUAACUUGACCCUUAACCAAUAUUUACAGUCUCAACCACUUGUUCCUGCAUCAUUGACCUACACUGCCGCAAAUAUUCAUUCCCUCAAGAGUCAAUGUGUUCCUUCACUGAAAUGCACUACCUUUGAGGUCUUAGCGUCUCAUACAUGGCGUUCAUGGGCUAAAUCACUCGAUCUUGAACCCUCACUUGAGGUGAAGCUCCUAUUUUCGAUGAAUAUUCGAAAUAAGAUAACUCCGGAGAUACCAAAAGGGUAUUAUGCCAACGGAUUUGUGUUGGCAUGUGCGAAGACAAACGUAAAAGAGUUGGUUGAUGGUAAUUUGCACCAUGUAGUGAAACUAGUUCAAGACGCCAAGUCAUCCCUCACGGAUGAUAGCGUAAGUGGGAUUUUAUUGUUACUAGAGGAUAAAAAUGUAAGCACCGAUCUCGCUACAAGUUUAGUUAUAUCUCAAUGGUCUAAACUUGGGUUGGAGAGCUUGGAUUUUGGAGAAGGAAUGCCAUUGCAUAUGGGCCCUGUUAGUAGUGACAUUUAUUGUUUAUUUUUGCCCAUCAUAGGAGAUUCUAAUGCUAUCCGAGUCCUAGUAUCGUUGCCCAAGAGCGUGGUUAGCAAAUUCGAGUAUUACAUGAAUACAUUUCUUCAGACAAAUAAUGUACUAGCUACCAAAAUUGGUGAGAAAUGUGAGUUUGUAUAAUUUUCAUUUGUUUAACUAAGAGUGUGACAACAUUGUUAGAUUGACUUGAUUGUAACAUGCCACUAAUAAGCAUUUGAACCUUAUUUUUACACGGUUCUUAGAUAA